GUUGUUAUUAGCUAGGUUGCAGUGAGUGUGAGUGUGUGUAAAUUGCUGAUAUUAGCUAGGCUGCAGUGAGUGUGUAAGUGUGUGUGAGUUAUUGAGAUAUGCCAGGCUGCAGUGAGUGUGAGUGUGUGUGAGUGUGUGAGUUGCUGAGAUUAGCUAGGCUGCUGUGAGUGAGUUGCUGAGAUUAGCUAGGCUGCCUGCAGUGAGGGUAAGUGAGAGUUGCUAGGCUGCAGUGAGUGUGAGUUGCUGAGAUUUAGCUAGGCUGCAGUGUGUGUGUGUGUGUGUGUGUGUGUGAGAGAGAGAGAGAGAGAGAGAGAGUAUAUACACGCUCGGUUGCUGUGGUUACACACACACAUUCAGUUCUACUCGGGUCUGUAGGCAACCGGGACUGAGCUGGGGCAGUAGAAGAGGACGGAACAUCACUGCAGGGUGACAUGUCACUGGGAGAGGAUUUGGAAAGUCUGUGCCUCUUUCCCUGACUAUGAACAUCAACAGCAGCCAUGAGGAGCAUGAAAUCAGUGGAGAUGAAAAGGACAACUUUGCAGAAUACAUGGAUGAGAAUGGGAUCAUUGGAUUGGAUGAUCAAGGCGACCUGGGACCAGAGGAAGAAAGGAUUCUGGAGUUUGACCAAGAGCUGAAUUUAGGACUUGAGGAACAUCUGGUCUCUUACCCAGAAGCACUAUCAGAUGAGGAGCCCUCUGGAACACAAAGCUUGGAACAGUUUAGUUUCUCUCAAAUCGCUGAUGAGACCAGUGGCAUUUUGCAGGACAAUGAAGCUUUGACCACCAGCAAUAGCAUUACGGACAUGCUGGACACAGAUGGGCACAUCUUAGAAGAUCACCCAGAUGCCUCACUUUCUCUACCCCCUCCAACAGACUGGAGGCCUCCAAGCAGAGAUCAACAACUUGAUAUGACAGAAGAUGAACAGGAUAGUGGGACCUCUUUAGACAGAUCUGAUGAAGAUGAGGAGAGCUGGGGUCAUGAACACUCAGACCUUCCAUAUGAUAACAGCCCCAGCCCUGAGAGGUUUAAAGAUUACAGCCAAACAUUAAUGGGGGAAGAGCAAUGGGACAGCCCCUCUGUGUCUUCAUGGAAUGAUGCUUACCACAAAAUACAUGCCCAUGAUGUAGAUAAUAUACCCAGCAUAUUGUCAGUUUCCCCAUCUCCACACCCUAUGUCCAAUCAUUGGACACCUGGCAUUCUUAGUGAUCUUGGAAGACUGAACGUUACCUCAUGUAUAGAAGAUGAGACCCUCCCAGAAUCCUCCUGCACAGACAGUGGUGAGGCUUCAAUUGCUGCUCCUUCUGAAAAUCGUCAAAGAACAGGCAUCAGCCUUGUAAAAGCUAUGUCUCAGCCCAACCAUACACCUUCUUUGAGUGGGACACACCACCCUAGCAUGAAGCCCAGAAAAUCCUCCACUGUUCCCAUUUAUGGUCGAGGGCAACUAAAUUACCCGCUGCCUGACUUCUCCAAGGUAGGACCACGUGUAAGGUUUCCUAGGGAUGAAAGUUAUUGUCCUCCCCAGCCUAAGAGAUUAGACUCAAAAACCCAAAAGUCCCCAUCCAUUUUCAAGUCACCAGCAGAAAUUGUCCAUGAGGUACUGAUGAGCAGCUCGGAGAAGCCCAUGCAGGAACAUGCUACACAGCGCACUGUCCCUACAGAGUUCCAGAGCCCCCAACAAGCCACUGACCUGGUGCAUCAACUACAGGAGGAUUACCACAAGCUCCUCACUAAGUAUGCAGAAGCUGAAAAUACCAUUGACCGCCUUCGACUGGGAGCCAAAGUGAAUCUAUACUCUGAUCCCCCAAAACCAAGUCACAGUAUCCCCAUGGGGACAGUGUUGCAGGGUUCCAAGGUCAUGGAAUUCGCCAUUCCUCAAGCACAAAGGGCAACAUUUAGCUCUACCAAUGAUAGUGACGGAGUAACAGUGUUGGGGACAGGGCCUCAAACUCAAGACCAUCACGCUGCAACCCCCACUGACAUCCCACAAGCUGCUCCCUCCCCUUCUUCUUCACCAAUCCACCCAUCAGAAGAAACAGCCUCCACUCUGUCUUCUCACAUCAAUGAACUAAACCAGGAGGUUACGCUUCUAGAGGACUUGAGAAGAACUGGGAAUCUGAAGCUAGAGGAGCAGCAACAGGCCCUGUGGGAGCUGCGGGGGUCUCUGGAUGUGUUAGAACGCAGAUAUCUGAGAGCGCGAGAGAAAGACCAUUCUGGACAUCCCCAUAAAAGCACAUUUCAGGAUCUUGACCCAGAGAGGGCCCUAGAAGGUGCAAUAUUUCAGCUUGGUUUGCAGCUCGAUGAACUGCAGGAGAAUGUAGGAGACCAAAUAAAUGCCCAAGCGGAAGCAGAGCAUAAAGCAGAGUCUCUUUCUCCUUUGCCAGUGCCAUUCUCUGUGGCACCCAUUCCAGGUGUCCUUACUCCAUAUCCAGAGCAGAUCUCACAAUCAGAAGUGCCCGUUGAUCUCCUCAGCACAGGUCCAGAUACAGUUAACAAAGUGAGGGCUGGUGAGGAGUUGCCCCAGCCUUUGCAUCACAAACAGAUGUGGGUGGAGAAGGAAUAUGACACCGUUAUUUCCACGUAUAACAGCUUUAAAACACUCCCUGAUUCACUGGGAUUAGACCAGGAUGAGUGGCCAAAAACACACCAAGAGGACUCCAUAACCCAGGACAAUCCACUAGACACCCAAUGUCAGGAUCAACAACAAGAGGCCAGACCACAUAUAUUGUCAUUGUAUACCAGGCCAUCGCAUAACUUGCGGGACACACAACUUCGAAAACCUUCACUUGAAAUCCCAGGACAGGAUCUUGAAUAUGAAUCAGUACCUUAUAACCAAAGUCCACUUUCCAGACACAAAGAACAUCGGUGGCUUAAUGGCCCCCAAGAUUAUGAUAAUGAUACAAGCUUAAAAGGUCAAUCGCGACCUUCAAGUCAUAGGACUCAACUACAGCCUUCAGGACAUGAGAACCACAUGCACCCAACCAGGCUUCUGAGCAGUGUGAAGAUUGAUGGAAGAUCUGACGUUGGGACUCCUAAACAAAGCCAACCCCACACAAAGCCACGUAGACUUUCUCAUGACCAAGAGAGUCAGAAGCUUUCUCCUGAUGGUGCAAGACAAUCAAGCAAGAGCAGGGUCCCGCAGAGCCCAAAGGUUGUUCAGACAGGUGUCCCUCAGAGUUCACCUUCUUUGUCUCGGUUAAGUGAAGAACCUCCCAGAAGUUCGACUCAUCAGCCAUCCAUAGAUGGAGAGAAUGCUCACAAUGCCCGGUCCAACAGAAGCAGCAUUAGCAGCAGAACUGCAAGCUCUUCUAUCAAAGGAGAGAAGACACAGCAUACAAAUAAUUCUGUACAGGGCAGGAUUAUAUCCCCAGAGACAGAUAGUGGUUUCCUUGGAUCAGAGAGUGGCCGCUCCCCCCUGCUACAGAGGCAGAGAAAUGAGAUGAAGCACCAUAGUAUGGUGCCAGCAAAAUUGCCAACGUCUUCCAACAGUUCUCCUGGGCGGUCAAGAAUGGGGGAGUUAUCCAGGCCACGUAAAACAUUCCGGGAAAAGAAGCAACAGAAUGGACACGGUACACGGCCCCCACCGCCGAUUUUCCCAUCCCCAGAGUCCAACAGCCUUACAGAAAGUGAAAACCAAGAUCAGAGUCAGAUAAGUGAAUCUGACUCAGAAAAAGUUGGAAGCAGUGAUGCGAUGAUGAGCGAUCCUUACUUUGGUGCCCCCUUCCUCAUCUCUCCUAUUAGAAAACAUUCCCAGCCCCAUGGAAACUUCUUGGAGACUCGGACAGCCAGAGAUCAAGCCAUCCAGGAUUUGCAGAAGGAGGUGGUACAACUUAGAAAGCACUUAGAAAGCACUCUGAACUGCACCCCAGCUAGAGGGAAAGCCAAUGAAGCUCAGCGUUCAUUAACCUCAAUAAAUCCGCAAGAAGAGAGAGUUGACCAUUUCGAGCCUGCACAGGUUUCUUCUUUCUCUGAUAGGAUGCCUACAUUUGAGAGAUCACCAGCCAGUAUGUGGACCCAAAAAGUAGUCCAUGGGGCCUAUACAGGAACCUCAUAUAGUCAUCCAGAAGAUAGAUGCAACCAUUGCAGGGGACAGGUCACCACCCAACCUCGUGAGCACAUUCCAAAUGUCAGGAGGAUCACCCCUGUGCCUUCUGUGCAUACUGAUGAAGGGGACACAAGCUUUUCAGGGCACUUUUCUUGUCCUUUGUGUCAUAGCUGCAGGGACUCUCCUGCUACCCAGAGGAAUGGAAUGACCAAAAAUCGCACAACUAAACGUGGGCGAAGAUCUUUAAUGGGUCCACAUGGAGGACAGUGGAUCUUCAAAGAGACGCCCCCACUAAGCUAUAUACAGUCUCCGUUUAUCUCAUAUAGCCCCCCAGUCAUUUCUUCUCCCUACCUCAUGCUUCCUGCUGGAUACAGUAUGACAGAACUCCACUCCCCAUGUACUGUGAAGCCGCACCCAGUGCCGGGUAGUUUGCAGUUGAAACAUCUCUGCUUGCCACUGGAUCGGGCAUUAGAAGCAGCCAAGGAACUGAAAAUUACCAGCAAAAAAAUGUGCAGCUCUCUGACCUCUGAUCUGAGCCUCCAGCACACGCUGCGCCGCUCCUGCCUUUUCUAGUUUUUGGAGUGCGAUGUCGGCUUUGACUGUGAGAGCGCCCCAACAAAUAAUGGGUUAGUUGUCUCAAACGUGGCCAACACAAUUCACCCUUUAGAACUGCACUGUUAGGCAGGAUUUUACUUGGUGAAUAUUUUUGCAUUGGACCACACACUUUAGGGUUGCUAGGGGUGCAUUGAGAGUUUUACAGAAGCUUUAGAUUUCCCUUUAAUAAUAUGGCUAAGCCAAAUUGUUGCAUGGGAUGUUUUCUAAAACGUUACGUGUGAAAUUUGCCUAUAGGAAUGUUCAACUAUUGUUCCUAAUAAUUUAACAGCUGUUUUUGAGAAUACGUGGAUGUGGUUACCUCAUCAAAGCUAUCAUGGCUGCUCCCUUUGCUAUGCAUAAACCUAGUCUCAUCGCCCUGUUGAAUGGCUAUGACCAGUGCAGUGGGUAAUUUACAAACCUCAAAUUGUGCUCAGCGGUCCCCAGUGUGCCCUUGAAUAAAAAUGCAUUCCUGUCUAUGCUCCCCUUAAAUUCACAAACCCUCCCCCCCGUCACGAGGCAAGGUGAGAACUUUGCCUCAGGUACAAGCAAGCGGCCAGUUACAAGGGCUCUUGUAACUUAAGAGUAGAAUUUCAAGGUACUAACCCGGAAAUUCAGCUCCGAUACUGUAGACAGCGAUACUGCGCUCAUUGCACUAGCGAUGCGCCCCCCUUUGACCCACUCCGACGCUUAUGAUUUAAGCGCAGAAUGGGAAGAGGGGAGGCAUCGCGGCUGCUGCCUCCGACGACAGCAGACCCUGCCGCCCUACAACAGACCUCGGCCCUGCUGAAGAUUUAUAGAACUGAAUGCUAACAUUGAUGAUCAUAUCUAGCUGUUUCUAUUUCCGUACCAAAGGAAAACUGAUGCUGGCCCAAAAUACCUAUUUAUUUAUUUCUAUCAUUCCUGUUUGUUAUUCAUGUGAAAAUCAAGCAGAAAGGGGUUACAUUUUGUACUGUAAAUAAGGCGUUUUCUACCAUAGAUAUUUUUGUAUCCCACUUUGGUACAAACGGACUAUUUUAUGUUCUAUUUAUUAAAGUGUUUGUAUGACUGUGAUGUGUCUAGCAGUGUGAGGCCUAAAGAACAUAAUCACUUACUGUAAAACUGCAUUCUGUUUAUCCGUCCUCCUCAUUGCACUUUGUUUAAGACCAACUUAACCUUAAUGCACUAUUUGCAAUAAAAUGUAUAAAAGUAGGUUUUGGUUCACCUUUAACUUUCUUUUCACAUUGAAAUUUUUUUAAAUUAUUUUUAGCCUUGCAUGUUAAUUUUAGUGCUGUAAUUGACAUUUUUUCUUUUGAUAAUAGUAUAAAUAUCCCCAAACCUGGUAAAUAUGUGUUUAGUUUUUAAUGACAUGUAUGCUGUAAAAUCUGAUUUAUAUAGAUUUACUAAUGUCUUAAGGCAGCUAAAUAGUACUAGUAAGUAACUUGAUUGUUAAAAAAAUCUUAAACAGAUUCAUUACCCUAGAAUCAGAAUUUUACAAGGGUGAAUCAUUGGUGUAACUUCACAGGCCCAUGCUGCAAAAACAUUUUUUAGGCCCCCUUCCUUCCCGUGACCACAAGGGAAUGGAUCUGACAGCAUGGUUGCAAGGAGGGAGGGUGCUGGGGGGAUUUGGUUCCAUUAUGGCCCCCAUAGGGUCUGCUGAUAGCUAGUUACGCCACUAGUGUCAAUACUGUGAGCGAGUGUCAUGUCCUUGAAAACAUUCCUUUGUGUGUUUUACAUGGUUUUUCAUUUUGUAAAAAGGUACACUCUUAGAACUCUAUUUUUUAUUCAAUAAAGCUAUUUUAUUAAACCAAAACGUGUACAAGUUGUUAUUUUUUAUCUUAUCCCAGUGGUGUAAGUGCUCACAGAAUUUGGCAAGAAAAAUUGCAGUGGGCCCACCAGAAGACCACCACAGACCCAGGGGCACUGCAAUAACGAAGCGAGUUUCAGCUGGCAGUGCCCCUCAAGUUACCAGUGGCGGCAAAAAGACAGAAAUUCCACUCUUUUAGUGCAGAGAGCCCAAUUGUACUAUAUGCACUAGUGAAGGCCUCCCCCUCCCAUUCCAGCACCAAAAAGGUGAGCGCGUGGUGGGUGGAUCAGCAGCAAGAAAGCUGCCUCAGGCAGCACUGUGACCCUGCAUAGACUCACUCUCCAAACUUUUUUUUCCUACUCUUUUUAUCCACCUUCUUUUUUCAGUUCACAUGUGCGCUUCUAUUCUUCCCUCCUUAUCUUCCCCCCUUUUUUCCCAACAGAACAUACUGAUAAAGCCACCAAUAAAAGAGCAACCAGGGACUAAAUUUGCAGAACACAGCUGCAGUUUCACUUAGUACAAUAUGUUCUGUUUUAAUGGGGUUGUUCACCUUUAACUUUCAGUAUGAUGUAGAGAGUGAUAUUUUGAGCCAAUU